UUUUUGCAUAUAAGAACCCUAGUUUUCUUUCACUCGCUCACCUGUUAGAUUCUGCUACCAAGAAAAUAGGAUAAUAUCCAUAUAUAUGGACUUCUCUUGGCUGGAAAAUUCAUCUGCCGCCGCCGGAAAAGCCAUCCAGGAGCUGUGUGAAGGCCGGCAGCUCGUCUACAAGCUCCGAUCAAUCCUUGGUCGGGAGGACUGGGCCGACGGCACCGGAUCAUUGGCCGUCGCCAAGGAUCUCGCCGUGAAGAUCUCGCGAUCUUUCGCGGAGACUAUUUCAAUAAUACUGGACGAUGAGCAUAGUGCUGCCGAUGAGGUUUCUCAAAUUCUGGCGAACUCCGUUCAAAGUUCACCGCGGUCGGAUGGUCGGAAGUCCGAGGAUUCCGGCGAAAGCACCAAGAGAUCCGGCGUCAAAAACCUGAGAGGCUGCUACAAGAGAAGAAAGACCGGGCAAACAUGGACAAUGCUCACCCCCACUUCAAACGCGGACGACUACACAUGGAGGAAGUACGGACAGAAAUCUAUUCUCAAAGCCAAACACCCAAGGAACUACUAUAGAUGCACCCACAAGUUCGAAAAGGGUUGCCAAGCAACCAAACAGGUGCAGCAAACUGAACUUGAUCCGCCGAUGUACAUGUCCACCUACCACGGCCAACACACUUGCCGGAAUACUCGGAUCCAGAAAUCUCCGAUCGUCGUCGGUCCUACUGAUCUCGAAGACAACACUUCGUUUCUCAUUAGCUUCGGUUCGGCCAGCCCAAAUCGUGAGCCCCCGGGGCUGUAUUUUCCGGCCAUUUCAUUCGGAAAACAGGAAGAAAAUUACAAGGAAAAGAAGCCGAGUUGGGAUAGUUAUAAUAUUAAUGGGGGUGAAAUCAUCACGCCGGAGAUGAACUCGCCGGCCGACAACGGCGAUGUGAUCUCCUCACGUGCAGAAAAUACUUGUAAUGGAGAGGGCUUUGGGCUGGAUUCGACUGUGGACGGUUUUGGUUUUGAUGAUGCGUUUGACUUUGAGUUCGAAUGAUAUAUUAGGGAUAAUCUCCUUUCCCUCUAUAUAUAUAUAUAUAUAUAUAUCUUUUCUUGUUUGUAUUUGCAGAUAGUUGAACGAAUUAUAUCAACAUGUUUACAUAUAAUUAAUUAGUCAUAAAAGAUGCUUUUUCACA